UUACCACUAAAAAUGUCAUCGAAAAAUCAAUUCAAUAUUGAAAAAAUAGAACCGCAAAUUCUACAAGAUAUUAAUGAAAUAGACGCAAGAAUUUCUCGACAGGAGAAUUCAAUUAUAAUUAUUGGUGAAACGAGAGAAGGAAAGACUACAUUAUUCAACUAUUUAGUCGGAAAUUCCUUGUUUAGUAAAAAAAAUGUUAAUAAUGAUGAAUUUGAUAUUUAUAGUGGCGUCAAAACUUAUAUUGGUGAUUCCUUAAAUAACAUAGAAAUCAAAAAUGGUUCUAUUUCACAAACUUCCUUACCAUUAAAUCAAGGAGAGUAUUGGGAUUGUCCUGGUUUUGGAGAUUCACGUGGCGAUGAGCAAAAUAUUAUAAAUGCUUAUUCGAUUUAUAUGUUAACUAAAAAUAUCGAAAAAUUGAAAGUUUUAGUUGUAGUUUCUGAAAAUACGAUUAUUGAAAGAAGCAAAACGAAGUUUUUAAACCUUAUUCAAUAUUUAGGAGAAAUUUUUAAAAAUAACAAUGAUUUAGUUAAAGGGUUAUGCUUGGUGGUAACGCAAAGCGAAAAACUUGAUUUGAAAAAAGUGAGAAAUAGAUUACGCGGCAUUCUUAUAGAACGAGGUAGAUUAGAAAGUUUCAGUUUAUCCCAAAGAAAAAUACUCGGCUUUUUAUCCUCUGAUAGAAGUCAAAUUGCCUUUUUCAACGCUCCCCGUGAAGAAGGCUUAAUUUCUGACAAAGACAAAUAUGAAAUCUUAGAUUGUAUAAAGAAAAUUUCUUAUAUUGAAAACCUUGAACCUAGUUUUUCCUUAAGGCCGGAAGCGGUGCAUUUUAUCAAAGAUCUAAUAGAAGUUCUCUAUAAUGAUAUAGAAGUAUUUAUGUCGAAGAAAUUUUAUUCUGCGCUUCGAAAUUACGUUGAAAAUCUUAUAGAUAAUCAUAAUGAUACGUUUAAAAAAUUAAGAGAAUCUUUAAAUGAAUUGGUCACUAAAGUGAAUGCAAUUAUAUCCGAUACUAAGAAUCCACAAGAAUUUGAAGACAAACUUAGACAAGUUCUCUCAAUUAUUGAACUCUUACGGAAAGAAGAUCUUAAAGACGAACUUCAAAAAAAGAUUUCUCAAUUAAAUUUAAUUAAACUUGUAAAAACCGAAUCAAUUUCUAUCCAAGGGAAUACAAGUAGCUGGUAUCACUUAAUAAAUGAACUUAUUAAUGCUAUAAGGUCAUUAAUGUCUGAGCCUACAAUAAAUUGCGAAGGAAAUAUAUUAACUUUCAAAGGCGCAAUUAUUGGUACUGAAGAUAUUGCUGAAACAAUAUCUCACAAAGAUUAUAAAGAAAUAAAUGUGUACAGUUUAAAUACGAUAUUUAUUGAUAAAGAUAUAGAAGCAUCAGGAGCUUUUCUGACAUUCAUAUCUCCUCAACUGCGCGUUGUUGGUAAAAGAACAAUUAAUUUAAAAGGUAAAGCAGGUCCUCCGCAUAAUCCAGGAAAAGCUAAAAAUGGAACCAAUGAAACAAGCAAUAAACAAGAUACGUAUGAUAUAAUUGAUGAAAAAGAUACACGAAACGAAAUUAAUGAAGUAGCAGAUAGUAAAACUGUAACAGAUAUUAAGAUAGAAGAAAUAACCAAUGAGGCUAUUAAUGGAAAAGAAGUAAAUGAUAGAAUUAAUAAUGAUAAUAUAAAAAAAGCAAGUAUAGAAAUGCAUGGAAAGGAUGGUUUACGUGGGUUACCUGGUUAUAAUGGAGGCCAUUUCUAUGCUGAAGGAAGAAACUUUAUCAAUCUCUCAUCCUUAACUAUUGAUAUUAGUGGUGGUGAUGGUGGCAAAGGGCAAGAUGGUGGUGAUGGCACCAAAGGACGAGAUGGUGAUUUUAAAGUGAAAGAAAUGGCAGAAAGUAGAAACAAAUCUGCAUUAGUUUUAAGAACACAAGUAUCAGGAACAGUUACAGAAAAUAUAGAAAAAGGUUUUAAAUUUUUGUUCACUUUUAAUGAAAAAUGGGAAGAAACAUAUGAAGCAUAUGACCCGGGACAAGAAGGUGGAAAUGGUGGACGGGGAGGAGUGGGUGGCAAUGUAGGAAGGCAUGGAACUAUAUAUUUAAAUUUCAAUAAUUCACUAGAAAUACCUACUAUUAUUAAAAAAAAUAAUAGAAAAGGAAUUGAUGGAAAAGGAGGAUCACCUGGCUAUGGAGGAAAAAAUGCAAAGUAUAGUGGAAUAUAUAUUAACGAAAUAGUAUUUUCUUUACUUAGAG